CUGCUGCCUGACAAACAGGAAACAACAACACUUUGGAUUUUCGUUUCCACACGACGUGCAAUUUAUUAUCGACCCCCAACAUGAAACAAUACCCGCUUUAAUAAGACGACUAAUUAAUAUAAUUUCCAUCCUUAUUCAGUGUGUGUGUGUGUGUGUGUGAACGUGUAUGUGUGUGUGUCUGUGUGUGUGUAACCUCCAGUGGAAAAAUAUGAAUUACAGCACUGCGCGGUGGACAUGCGCGGAGCUGCAGCGAAUAUGGCGGCUUGCAUCUGAUAGAAAGUGAGGAAUCUCCCAUCAAAAUACCCUGUUCAAACGGUCUCCUAGGUCUGUCUCCUGUCUCCUGUAGGUAAAAGCCUGUCUCACUUCCAUCGUCUGCAGCAGCAGGUUUAACUUUGCCGAUCAUGGGCCGAACACCACACAGAGAUCAAAAAGAGGAGAAGGAGAGACGAAGCAGCAUCACAGCAGGAUCUGCCCUUGAUAAAUCUAACGAACCAUUCAGUUGGGAAGACUAUCUGAGAGAAACGUCCUCCAUUGCAGCGUCGCCCACUUGUUUCAAACAGUCCAGAGUCCCCCCCACCAAUGACUUUAAAGCAGGUAUGAAACUUGAGGCCCGGGACCCCCGCAACUCUAACUCUGUGUGCAUUGCAACGGUGAUGGGCAUGAUGGGUACGCGUCUGCGUCUGCGCCUGGACGGUAGUGACAACACCAACGACUUCUGGAGACUGGUCGACUCGUCAGACAUCCAACCAAUAGGAACGUGCGAGAGGAACGGGGACAUGCUGCAGCCACCGCUGGGUUUCAGGAUGAACGCCUCCUCGUGGCCCAUGUUCCUCCUGCGGACUCUGAGUGGGGCAGAGAUGGCUCCCGCCUCUGCUUUUAAAAAGGAACCAGCCAGCCCGGCUAAAAACUACUUCCAGCCCGGUAUGAAGCUGGAGGCGGUGGACAGGAAGAACCCUUACCUGAUUUGCCCUGCCACAGUGGGAGAGGUCAGAGGUCAGGAGAUUUUCAUCAUGUUUGACGGCUGGCGAGGUGCCUUUGACUACUGGUGCCCCUUCGAUUCGAGAGACAUCUUCCCUGUCGGCUGGUGCACCCUGACAAAACACAGCUUACAGCCCCCCGGGAACUUCUUUACCCUUCCUGGCGCUCUCCUCGCUCCCGUCUCUUCCACCUCAUCCGCCCUCACUACUCGACGCUCCUCUUCCAACUCCUCCUCCUCCAUGCAGAUGUCAUACCGACUGCCCAACCCUUUGCCCCCUCUCCCCGUGCGUAAGGGUGUCCGAGGUCGUCGUCCCAAAUCCCAGACUAUUGCUUUGUUAAAGGCAGCGGCUGAAGCUGCGGCGGCAGCAGCAGUAAAUGGAGCAUCACAGAGCCCUGCCAGAACUGGCUCUGAGGCUCAACUGGCCCCCAGACCACACAAGAAGAGAGGGCCCAAGCCUAAGAACAAGAAACCUCGGGUGGUGCAGUCCCUCGGGGCACCAUCAGUUACAGCUCCGCCUCCAGAGACCCGACUCAGCUCAAGCCACGUCUCAGCAGACAACAACCACAGCAACGGCUCAAGUGUGGUUUGCACAGUGUGCGUCUAUGUGAAUAAGCACGGUGACUAUGGCCCGCACCUUGACCGUAAUCUGGUGCAGCAGCUCCCGGACCACUUUGGUCCAGCUCCAGUCAACGCAGUGCUUCAGCAGGCGGUUCAGGCCUGCGUGGACUGUACGUACCAGCCCUCAGUGCUGCUGUCGUUCUUACAGAGCCAGUCUCACACAGGAGGAGAGGUCAUCAGAGUACGGUCAGAACACGGUAUCCGCUACGUGAAGCUGCCCUCUGCCUCCAGUACGUCUUCUGUGCUGCGGUUCCUGGAGAACAUGUGCCAACAUCUGGAGAGUGACAGUCUGUUCAGCUCGCAGCCGUUCAGCCCCUUCAACAACAACACUCGUUUCUACAACAGGACCAAGUCAGAACCACUGUCUCACACAGAGAACGGCGUGUCCAAUGACGAUCCUACGAAAGAUCCCGCUCCCAGCACUCGCUCCCUUCACACCACGUCAGACUACAGAACAACAAAGAAGGAGCGGCCAUAUUACCCUGGGCAGACACACACGCCGCCUCCUCUGCGACGCGUCAGCUCCAACCCGACCGAACUUGGCCCAGUGUGUGCACACAGACGAGUGGAAGCAGCUAGCUCAACAACAGGCCCAGACCAUUUGAAACAGGACAAGGAGGGUUCAGUGAACGACGCUUCUUCCUGGUCAGUUGACGAUGUCAUCCGGUUUGUCCAAGAGGCUGAUCCUCACACUCUUGGCCCACACGUCGAACUCUUCAGGAAACACGAGAUUGAUGGCAAAGCUCUGAUGCUGCUGCGUAGUGAUAUCAUUAUGAAGUACAUGGGAUUGAAACUGGGCCCGGCGCUCAAACUCUGUCAUCAUAUCGAGAAGCUGAAACAGGCCAAACAAUAGAGGAUGAAGGCGCUCUCUUUUCUCAAUGGCAACCAAACACACGAACAUGUAUUAUUCUACAGGGACAUGAUAUAGUGUAAAUCCACCUGAGCUGGGGGCGUAGCGUUCGUUGAGGACACUGAAGUCAAGUCCUUUGUGUGGCCUGUUUGCUUUUGUUUGUUUGUUUGUUUGUUUUUAUUCACAAUCUGCAAACAAGUUUACAAAUGAAAACAUCAACAAGCUCAUUUUUUUAAGGAUCAAGCUGUUUAAAUCUGACUACAUUUUGGCUAAUAAAUAAUAGAAUUUUAUUCUGGCCCGUGUAGAGAAGGUUAUCAAACUGCAUUUAGACCAUUGGGAAAUAAAAGUAACAGAAAGUUUUGCUGAAAAGUGUGACUGAGUAAAAACAGUAUGAAAAGUCUAUGUCAUGUAAUAAUGUAUAUCGGGGGACAUUCAACGUCAGUAUUUCUAAAAAUCCUGGCUAUGACUCUGACCUGAACAUGUGUUUUUCUUUUUUUUAAUUUACAGACCAUAGUGUACUUAAAUAUUAAAACAGAUACACCGUACAUGAAUUCAUCAUUUGCAUAAGUGUAAUUUGUAUCAUGUAUGUGAACACAGGCCUGAUUUUCUGUUCAUGUUAGUGUAUUAUUGCCUUCUUACGAACAACGUGAGUCCAUAAUUUAACAAACUUUUAAUUUACCUCUACAUUUCGACUUUUAGACACACACACACGCACAUGUAAACGCACACCGUGGGUUUGGCAGCUUUAUCUCUUCGGAUAUGCGGCUGUUGAAGUAUUUGUCUCCCGGUCAGAAGUUCAGGAUGGACGCUCUGCACUCAAGAUUGGGAAAGUUAGUUCAGGUACUGGCAGUGAGCGUCUCGCUGCAUCAUUUCUGACAAUGCAAUAAAGUUUCUGAAUCACAGCAUUAUUACUGUUACAGACUGUCAGAUUUUAAUUUUUGCAAGCCAGUGAAUGUAUGAAGUCAUGAGCAUUAUUACAAGCAGGUGUUAAACAACAGGAGUGCCGAUUUACGCCAAUGAUAAGUGAUGAAGGGUUUCAUUCCAAAUGAUGGAGAAGUUGCAUUGUUCCCUGUGGUCAGUCAUCAUAGAAGUGAUUCCUGAUUCCAAACACUGAUGUUCUUUUUUUUCUCUUUUUGACAAAAAUCAUGAAUUAACUUUGGCAGACUGGGCAUCACUUUUAUUUUUUAUUAUUGAAAGAAAAACGCUUCAUCACUUGUGAUGUGAUCUGUGUGUUUCGUAUGCUGGAAUAUAUUCACGUUGAACGGUUUCAGCUUGAGUCCUGAUAUAGCUACAUGAUUGUACUAUGCUUCGACAGUCACCCUAUCAAACACACAUACACCCAAGAUAUACAUGUACAAUGACUGGAAUACUCAAAGUACUGACAUUCAAAUAAAGAAAAGGCCAUUAACUUUCUAGUUUGAGUGCUGUACAGAACGUUAAAGUGCUCCUGGAAGAGUACGCGAUGGAGAAACUCUUUUGUAUAAAGUCAAGCCAAAAGGUUUGUUUUUGAUAUCAUUUUGUACUGUAACAAAGUGUAUCAACCUGUAUCAAGCGUAAGUGUAAUCAUUUUUUUUUUCUGCCUGAAAUAGUUUUUGUGUGCACCAUCAAAUAACUACCUACAGGACAAUGUUGUGUCUGAGUUAUUAUUUACAUGUCUCAAAGUAUUUAUCUGUUUUCAGUGGCAGAAAUACAAAUUUUCUGAACAUUUCAGAACCAUUUUCAAACCAAAUCAUGUGUGCUGUAGCUGCAUUUCACACUGUUGCUCUCCUGUAGUGGUAACAAGUUGAUACUUGAAUCUGUCUUGCUUUAAUGUGAACCUCAGGUUUUAGUAGUUUAGUAGCGAUGUUUUACAUCAUUAGCAUUUUGUGUUCAUUACUUCAACAUAGAGGGACUGCACAAUAACCAACUAUGUAUAUUUUUAUGCUUUGUCAUCUAUCGCUUUGCAGCAUUUCAUGUGUGUGUGUGUGUGUCUGUGUAUAUAAACAGACACAGACACACGCACACAAACACAUACACACGUGUGUGUACACUACUUUUUACUGUAUGUUCAAAAAAGAUGUUUGUUUCAUAUGUUUGGUAUGCAUUCACACAAUUAAACAUUUGUUUACAUAACCUUAGUGUUUGAGACCACUGCACAAGGCCGAGGUGGCUACUAGCCAGUUUUCUUUACAAAAGCCUAAUCUAGUCAUUGUCAACCUUUUUGACAUUUGACUCCUUAAAGCAAAGGAACAUGUA